AUGGAAAAAAUUGGAGCUCCUUAGUUCUUAUUGAACUUUUAAGAUUUCAUAUUUAUAAAAAAAAUCAUAUACAAAUACAAAUAAGUCUUGCGUUCAACAUUUAGAAAGGCGAAUUACACAAAUCAAUUAGCAAAAAUGGAUACACUGAAGAGAAGUUCACGUCGAAACACGAUUGAUGAGCGAAGCGAUCCUUUCAAAGCUCCUUCUUGACGAGUCCCCAGGAUCCCACUUCUCCCUUUUACGUUUUCCUUAAAGAUGGCCAAAUAAAGGUCCAAGAAGGGUCUCCUCUCGUCAUUCGAGAAACGUCACUGAUUUGAGCAUAGCCCUUCACGCUCCCCACACCUGAGAAGAACUGGGCAAGUUUGUUAUACAGUAAUGUCUUUGGAUUCAAAGAGGUUGAACCAGCGGUUUGGUCUGCUGCCGGUCAUCAUCAUCCGUCUCUCUUUGCUGCUUAGGUCUGUAAGACGCGUUCGGAGUUUUACCUUCGUCAGUGCGACUGUCGAAAGGCGAAUUAAAAUAACAGAGUCCAAACUACUGAGGAUAGCGAAAUGCAAAACGGCAAGAAUGUGCAAAAUAGAAUUGGAGAUGUCUUCGCACUCAAACAACUAUCUCACAAAUCAAGCUUUAUCACUCACAUCAUUCGCGGAGAUCCGGGAGUCCACGAAAAAGAGGCCCACAAUAUAUAUUUCGCUAUUUUUUUUAACUAUUGUGUUGAUUGACGAGACGGUAAACGACGCUGAAAAGUAUUUUCAGGCUGUAAUACAAUAAUUUAGAAUGAAAAAAUAGUUGCUGGCAUUUACAGCUGAUAUUUGAGUGUCGAGUCGUUCGGUUAGGUUUGGUAAACCACAAGAACAAUGCUCAGGAAGCUCGUAAAAUGUAAAUUGUUGAGUGAAGAGGCGAAUAGCAAGACGAAACAUUUCGGUUUGUACCUGCACAUAUUUCUGUGCGAGUUCAUCGGCAUGUUUUAUUUCAUAUUUAUAGGCUGCUCUUGCUUGCACAUUGUCAGGUACAAAUCUUGGGAUUUCUUUGGCGGAGUCUUAGGCUUUUGCUUCAUAAUCGUCUCCUGCGCGCAGUUCAUGCAAUUCACGUCUGGAGGACAUCUCAAUCCGGCUCUCACUGUGGGGAUGUUCCUAAUCGGAUAUAUAGAUCUUAUAAGAGCGUUAAUACUCAUCGUUGCUCAGAUUAUCGGGAGUGUUCUUGGAUUUUACAUACUGAAGAUGAUGUCGAUUCGUAUUUUCGACAAAACGGAGAAUGUCUGGUGCUGUACAAUACCAUCUCAAGAAUCGAUCAUCGUCUUAGUCUUAUGGGAGUUUGUGUCUACAUCGUUUCUCAUCGUGUCGUUCUUCAUGUUGAUGUUGCCGAACGAAAAGGACAACGUCGACCAACCGAUUAAGGCAGAAGUCAAUUUCACAUUCACCCUAUUGGCCGCGAUAUAUCCGAUCGCCGAGUAUUCCGGUAUUUCGAUGAACCCGGCGAGGAGCCUGGGCCCUGCGGCCAUCAACGACUGCUGGGAUCACCACUGGAUUUACUGGUUCGGACCUCUCUUAGCCGCGGUAGUCACAUCCUUGAUUUGGAAUCUUUUUACUGAGGUCAAGACCGAGCCUAGUGGAGGAACUGUGGACCCCUCAAACCCUGCAAACCGAGAAACCGGAAAAAUAUUGACUGAUGUCAAGACCGAGCCUAGUGUAAGAACUGUGGACCCCUCAUACUCUGUAAACCGAGAACACGUAAAAAUAAACUGGUUGGGAAAGAAAUCCGUUUUCUAAACCGGUAAAACCAACUGAAGUCUCUCGAAACAGCUGCGUAUUAAACAUUUUUUUUUUAAUUGUUGGUAUUUUUAAUUUAAAUAAAAAUAAAACCAGAAAGGAUGAAGGCGACCAACACUACGGCUUUAAUUAUAAUAUAUAUUGUCAUCACAAUAGAUCAUGAUUUUAAAAUAA